AUGCCAGUGGACUCCAUAGUCCUAGACUCGCGCGUUCGCGCCGUCCGCAACAUUCAGUUCACUGCGCAGGACCUCAAAGUUCUGUUACCUCAUACCCAGCACAAGGUCGGCGGUACAGUCCUCAACGCGUUCGGUGCCUACCUUCAAGACUUCCGAGUCGCAGCAACAGAGGAGAGCAACUACUGCAUCCUCUCUUCUUGGGUCCCUGCUCUUGUCGGCGGGACAGUGAGUGAGGGUCCGUCUUCCGGAUCGUUUGAUACCCACAUGUCCGCUGCUGGAGGUAAGGAUGUAAUACGAGCCAAACAUCGUUGGGCUCUUCCUAUGUGUGGCGGAUCGCCUGCGCACUGGGUUCUCGGCUACGUAGACUUCAGCAUAAGGGAAGCAGGCAUCUACGAUAGCCUACCGCAGGUCCAAUCGAAUCUAUGGGCAAAGCCGCUCCUGCAUGAUGUCCUCAACAAGAUCAUCAAGUAUAUCAAUCGCGACGCCUUCCUCUCUAUUGACGAGACAUGGACCUUCGCUGUGAAGUCACCCCCAGAAUCCAGUCGUCAAUCAGAUGCAUGGUCUUGCGGCAUCUUCACCCUUCUGGCAUUGCAGCAUUUUGCAUCAGUGGAUGACUCGUAUACUACCAAAGAUGACAUAUCAAUCGAAGUAACAAAGACUCACAUUCUCGGCUGUCUCAUGACACUACCUCUACUAGAGCCUGUUGUCGAUGUUGAGCCCCUGGACCAUCUCGGCGACGCGCCUCUGGACUGUCUCGGUGACGCACCUCUGGACCAUCUCGGUGAUGCACCUCCGGACCGGCGUCUCGGCGAUGCACCUCUGGACCAUCUCGGUGACGCACCUCUGGGCCUGUACGACAACAACUCUAGCCACAUGCCAAAGGGUGACCAAAAUCCGAGCACCAUGACGUCUCAGGCGCUUCCAGAGGAAUCCGAGUCGAAUCAUCUCGAGGCCCCGACACUGACUGAGCCUCCUGGCAUCCAUCUUGCUGGCGAGGAGCAUGCUGACACCGAUGGGGUCUUCUGGCUCACGGAGACGGGUCUUGAUAACCGCACAAAGUGGGUACGGAUGAAGCGAUGCACACUGUGUGGCAUGGCCAUUAACCUUGGCAGUGGGGUGAGCCUACAUGCGUAUAAUACCCAUUUCGACAAAGCUCCAUGCCGAGACGCAGUCGCCAAGCAGCGCAAGGAGUCGGGCCUGAAAAAGCAGCGGAAGCUAAUGGACAUGUUCUGUGGACCCUCAAGGGCGACGUCGACAUCCUCUCCGUCACCGCUGGCAACAUCGCCUCCGCUUGCUGCACCGAGCACGGACCCUGCUACUAUGGCUUCCCGCUCAGAGCCGGGCACUGGGUCUCCAGACUCGGAGCCAGCAGACAUGCCUGUACAAGAGAGUCACGCAGAGAUCACGGCGAUGUUCCGUGCUGCGACCAUCUGUCCGGGUAUUCUCCUGGAAUUCCCCAUGCCUUUCGAGCGAACUUAUCCCUUCCACCUCCAUGCAUUCGACAACUUACCAUACACUCUGUCGCACUGGGAUAGACUCGGAGGGCUUCUAAACUCGAACCGUACUCUGGAGCGAAUGCGCGCACGCGCCACUGAGCCUGUACCAACGUCGCUCAAUUGGCGAUAUUACAACUUCAACCAAUUUACCGAGGCGAUGGACCGUAAGAACGAUGAGAAGAAUACACUCAAGCUGCAGAAUCUGAAUCUUGCGAAGCAAUACGAGAGGGCAACUACUCGACUGUCCGAUCACGAACGUUUCAAGGGGAUUCUCGCACAAGGCGAUGUUGAAGGUGCUGAUCGCCUAGUACGUGUUGCUAUGCAGAACCAUAGGAGCAUCUCCGAGAUUGUGGCACGAAUGUCGCGGGCUGCCUGUGGUCUCUAUCAGGCCAAGAGUUUUCAGGACAAGAACUACGAUGUCAUGGCACUAGCGGGGGCUUUGGGUGGCCCAAAACUGCAAUAUGCGAUGGCAGAGGCUCUAGGGUUACCAGCCAUCUCGACAACCAGCUCCCGCUCACGGCUACCUUCGCUGGAGGCAUCCAUCGGGUUCCCGCGGCUAUCUGAAUAUGCACACAACCUACUCGUCCUACACAACGCAGGGUUACUCCAUGGGACCUCGUCGGGCUCCGGCCAAACCCGACGCCGUGGAUGGCAGGCAAUGAUUGACGAAAUUGCUCUUGAAGAACGACCUCGCUAUGACAGCCGACGAGACGCAAUCCUCGGUAUUGCUCGCGAAACAUCACACGAAGUUGACAUUACAACUGUCACACUCGAAACUCUCCACGGUGCUGCAGACGCUCUGAAUGACGGGUCUCUGGCUCUGGCGAAGGAGGCGACCUUUGUAGGUCUCGCGGCAUAUGGUCGCGACGAUUACACUGUACUCCCUGUUAUGAUAUCUGGGACCAACAAGACGGAGCGCGACCAUUCUCAAGCGCGUUGGAUCCAGCUCGCAAUAGAUGCAUGGGAUGCUCCAAUACCCGACUUGAACACCACCUACGAGGAGCAGUACGGGGAGCUCUGGGCUCUUGGAUCCGACGGAGAUGCUACAAGACGAAGGGCUCUGCACUACUACUGA